AUGACCAACCAUCAUAGCUCAGCUAUUAAUAAUUUUAUUGGUCAAAAUACUCAGCAUCAAAAUUCUGUCGACAGUAAUCUCUUUGGACAGAAUCAUCAAUUCAAUCCUCGUCAAAAUGCUGUCGUCGAUAAUAAUUUCUUUGGAGACAAUAAUAAUAAUUUGGAUGCGCGGAACAAUAAUUACAAUAAUUUCUUUGGCCAGAAUCAUCAACUCAGUCCUCACCAAAAUUCUGUUGCUGGUAAUAAUUUCUUUGGAGACAAUAAUAAUAAUUUGGAUACGCAGAACAAUAAUUACAAUAAUUUCUUUGGCCAGAAUCAUCAACUCAAUCCUCAUCAAAAUUCUGUUGCUGAUAAUAAUUUCUUUGGAGAUAAUAAUAAUAAUUUGGAUGCGCAGGACAAUAAUUACAAUAAUUUCUUUGGCCAGAAUCAUCAAUUCAAUCCUCAUCAAAACUUUGUUGUUGGUGAUGAUUUCUUUGGAGACAAUAAUAAUAAUUUGGAUACACAAAUAAGAAUUCUUAUAGCAGUUCAGCUUCAAAAUAUCGUUAAUCAAUUGUUAAAUCGUUAA